AUGGGGCCCCCCUGCAUGCAGGGGGCCCCCACAACCCACAUGGUUGCGCAGCUAAUUGCUUCCCGGGAGCCCUGGGAGACCCCCUUGCAGCUUACAGCCGUUUGCAGGGGAGGGGGGCUUGCAGCAGCAGCAGCUGCAGCAGCAGAAGAGGGGGGAGCCCAGCAACAGCCCGCAGCAGCAGCAGCAGCAGCAGCAGCAGCAGCAGUUCCUGCUGCUGCUGCUGCAGCAGCCUGCAGCAUAGACCCGCAGUGCAUGCAAGCAGCAGACUUGUACGCGGACUCCAUUUGGCUGCAAGAGCUGAUAGAGCAGCAGAAGAGGGCCCCCCUCUCCAAGGGGGCCCCCCCCCCUGCUGUGUGGCAGCUGCUUAGCGGCCAAAGGCUGCUGAAAAGGCUGGUGCUGGAGGGCGAGGGCGAGGAAAACCCUUCUUUAAACAGCGAAGUUGUUUUGGAGUUUUGUUUAAUGACAAUUAAGGGUUUGAAGUUGCUGGACAACAAGUCUUUAAAUUCUGAGUUCAUUCAAGUGCCCCUUGCCAACACGGCUCCGGGCAUUCGCGAGGCCGUGUUGACUAUGCGUCACAACGAAAGAGCUCUCUUUCUUUUAUCUCCUUCUUUAUAUCUUCCAGAAGCAGCAAAUCUUUUGCUGCCUUUUAAUGCAACAGCAGCAGCAAGAGAAAUGGGGGGCCCCCAGGGGCCCCCCGAGGGGCCCCCCUGGGCAGCAGCAGCUUCGAGGCCCCCCCUGCCUCUGGACCAGCAGGACCGGAUCAAGCGGCUGCAGCAGCGGCUGCAGCACAUGCAGCAGCAGCUGCAGCAGCAGCAGCUGCAGCUGCAGCAGCAGCAGCCACUGGGUGCGCAAGACGCCGUGGAGCUGACGGGCAGGGAAUGGCUCAUGCUGGACAUGACUCUGUGCAGCUUCCACGAGCGCGGGACUCGCUGGUGGGGCAUUGCGCCCGACGAAAUGGAGGAGCAGCUGCUUCAGCAGCAGCCGCAGCAGCAGCAGCAGCAGCAGCAGCAGCGGCAGCGGCAGCUGCCGCUGCAGCAGCAGUUUCCUGUUGAGGAAAUACCCGAUGGGCUAACAACAAGAGAUGUCAUUGAGGCGAAGACAGAUAUGCUGAAGCAGUCUAUACACGACGAAAUGGCCAGCAACCCUCAAAGCCCUCUGUGGGAGGACCUGCAGCCGCAGCUCACGAAGGCGCACAAGCAGCAGCAAGCAGACUAUUUCGAGGACUUGCACGGGCUGAACACCCCAGAAGACCCCAGCCUCUGCGGCUCCCGAGGGUACCUGGAGCACCGCCUGGGGGCCCCCAUCAACGCCGGCGGCUACGAGGGGGGCCCCCGCAUGCAGGGUCUUUCUUCUGUUUAUGGUUGGCAAGAAACAAAUGGGGCUUUUGAAUUGGCCUUGCUGCUUAAAAAGGGAAUCCGCAGAGAGCACCUGGCUGUCGAGCUCAGGCCCAGGCACUUCCGCCUCAAAGUUCUCGGAAAAACGGUCUUUGAGGAUUCUUUUCUUUACACUGUAGACGCCUCGGCGGGCCCCAGCUGGGCCAUCACCGAAGCAGCUGUGGCCCAGAAGGCCCUCACACGCGAGGAAGUGGCGGCUUUGCUGCGCGACUCUCCCGCUUUUGCUGCUGCAGCAGCAGCAACGGCAGCAGGCCCUUCUGCAGCAGCAGCUGGCGGAACCAGCAGCAGCAGCAGCAGCGAGACAGUGCCGCACCCCCACACUGGGAUUCCUGUUCCUCGCGGGUUUGUCUUUGAGGGAGUCUUUGCUCCAGUUCCUGAAGCAGCAACAGAUUUAAGUGAACUCAAAAAGCUGCCAGCAAUUGUUCUGAAUUUCAACAAGACCAGAAACUCCAGAGGCAUGUGGGGCUCCUGCUUUGUUUCCGUGUAG